AUGCCAUUUCCCCUCUUCUGCGUGUUAAUUAGUAAAAUACAACUUGAUAUAGAAUGUCCUGAAGAGCCAUGGUCCGAAUGGUCAUGCGAAACGUGCAGAUGCGGGAUUGGUAAAAUCACUUGCAAACGGACCCGAGAAUUACGGAAAUAUGGGCCAAAUACAAAUGGUGAAAUUUGUAAAGAAGUACUUAACAUUCAAAGAGACUCCAAGGAAGAAAAGUGUGAACCACGAUGCUGUUCCUGGGACGAUUGGACCAACUGGAAAAGCGAUGGAUGUUCUAAAACAUGUGGACGGGGCACCGAGAGUCAAACCCGUACUCGAGUUAAAAUAUACGGUCGAAAUGGGAAUUCGCAACGCUGUAGAGGCGAAUCUAAACAAACAAGGACCCAAGUCUGCAACAUAAGGAGUUGCGCAAGUUGUGAAUGGUCCAGUUGGAGCCGUUGGUCACCAAGAAAUGGUGGAUCGGGUGGACGUUGCCCAGUAACUUGCGGAGGUGGCACAAUAAAUAUUUACCGGACAAGAAGAAAGAUAUUCAGCACCGGAGGAAGUUCACCGGAUUGUCCAGGAAAUUCAGAGGAAAGAGAUACGCAAUUAUGCAAUACUCAAGGAUGCCGAACUUGUUUAUGGUCGACUUGGACACAAUGGGUCUCUGGCUCGUGUUCUGUUACAUGUGGGUCUGGAUCAGAGACUCAAACACGAUCAAGGACCAAAUUAUGGGGUACAAGCUCAGCAGGGUCUCCGGAUUGUUUUGGCAGUGUUAUCGGCAGUAGGAUUGUAACGUGUACAAGGGAUCCAUGUAGAGGAUGUCGAUGGACUGAUUGGGGCCUAUGGGUCAAUGACCCUUGUCCAGUUCCUUGUGGCGGGGGUACUUCCACCAGUAUCAGAAGAAGGACAAAACUGACGAAUGUCAUUGGUGGAGCACGUUCCUGUCCAGGAUUGGAUUUUGAAAUACGAGCAAGUUCAUGCAACACCAACCAAUGUUGUGAAUGGUCAAGGUGGAGUCGUUGGUCACCCAGAAACGGUGGAUCGGGUGGGCGUUGCCCAAUAACAUGCGGAGGUGGAAGAAUAAAUGUUUACCGGACAAGAACAAAGAUUUUUGGUUCUGGUGGAAGUUCGCCAGAUUGUCCAGGAGUGACAGAGGAACGAGAAUCGCAACUAUGUAAUACUCAAAGAUGCCCAACCUGUUUGUGGUCGAACUGGGGACAGUGGGCCCCUGGUCUAUGUUCCGUAACAUGUGGGUCUGGAUCCGAGACUCAAACACGGUCAAGGAGCAAAGUAUGGGGUUCAGAUCCUGAAGGGUCGUCGGAUUGUUUCGGCAGUCCUAUUGGCAGUAGAAUUGUAUCAUGCAUAAGGAAUCCAUGUAGAGGAUGUCGAUGGACUGAUUGGAGCGUAUGGGUCGAUGAGCCUUGCCCAGUAACUUGUGGUGGGGGAACUUCGACUAGCACCAGAAGAAGGACAAAACUGACGAAUGUCAUUGGUGGAGCACGUUCCUGUCCAGGAUUGGAUUUUGAAAUACGAGCAAGUUCAUGCAACACCAAUCAAUGUUGUGAAUGGUCAAGGUGGAGUCGCUGGUCACCCAGAAACGGUGGAUCGGGUGGGCGUUGCCCAGUAACUUGCGGAGGUGGAAGAAUAAAUGUUUACCGGACAAGAACAAAGAUUUUUGGUUCUGGUGGAAGAUCAUCAGAUUGUCCGGGAGUGUCAGAGGAACGAGAUUCGCAAUCAUGCAAUACUCAAAGAUGCCAUACCUGUUUGUGGUCGAACUGGGGACAGUGGGCCCCUGGUCUAUGUUCCGUAACAUGUGGGUCUGGAUCCGAGACUCAAACACGGUCAAGGAGCAAAGAUGUAGAUGGACUGAUUGGGGCCUAUGGGUCAAUGACCCUUGCCCAGUUACUUGUGGUGGAGGAGUUUCCACUAGUACCAGAAGAAGGACAAAACUGACGAAUGUCAUUGGUGGUGCCCUCACCUGUCCAGGACUGGAUUUUGAAAUGCGUACUAUUUCAUGCAACACUAAUAUAUGUUGUGGCAUAUGGGAAUCGUGGGGACCCUGGAAAUGCCAACAAGUCUCGGGAGUGUAUCGUACUAACGGAUGCAGGAUACCAGGGAGACAAGUGCGAACAAGGAUCUGUCCAAUAUGCCCUGUAGGCCGAAGUGUUGAUGAGGAACGUGUUCACCGUCGAAAGAGACACGGUCGCUAUCCGUGCGAUGGGGUAUCAAUACAGGAAAGUUCGGAAUGCUGUGUCAGAUAACUAUCGUGAUUAACAAUUCGGAGCACAUAUUGCAAUACCUAGAAAACAUUAAACGCAUUGUGGACUGACAUGUUAAGUUUUAAAUGGGUUAUGGGUAAUUGCUUCCGUUGCAUCUAUAUUCAGAUUUUCUGGUAUUGUGUUAGCAUAAUGUCCCUCUAUUCAUUUAUCCUAGUAUCCUAGAAUUCUAGCAAAUGAUGAACUUAAUCUAUCUCUCACUGGUCCGCAUCGUCUUUAUAACAAAAUGGAUGAACUUCCUUCUGUUUCACCAAUUUCCCCAGCAAAGAGUCAUUUCUACCCAAAUAUUUUACCAGUG